AUGAACAUAAAAGAAAAAGAAAAAUACAUAGAGGAUUAUGAAUUUCAAUUUUGUGACGAAGCCAGCAAGUAUGAAAAAGUGGCAAAAAUUGGUCAGGGAACGUUUGGGGAAGUUUUUAAAGCUCGUGAAAAGAAAAACACUAAGAAAUUCGUUGCUAUGAAGAAAGUAUUAAUGGAUAAUGAAAAGGAGGGAUUUCCUAUAACGGCAUUAAGAGAAAUCAAAAUAUUACAAUUAUUAAAACAUGAAAACGUAGUCAAUCUAAUAGAAAUAUGUCGAACGAAAGCGACAUUGACCAACAGAUAUCGUUCGACAUUUUAUUUAGUUUUCGAAUUUUGCGAACAUGAUUUAGCUGGAUUACUUUCAAAUGUCAAUGUUAAAUUUAGCCUUGGAGAAAUCAAAAAAGUCAUGCAACAACUAUUAAAUGGUCUUUAUUUUAUUCAUAGUAAUAGAAUUUUACAUAGGGAUAUGAAAGCUGCAAAUGUACUUAUAACUAAAUUAGGAAUUUUAAAAUUAGCCGAUUUUGGAUUGGCCAGAGCAUUUAGUGCGAAUAAAAGUGGUCUUGCCCAAAGAUAUACAAAUCGAGUAGUCACGCUUUGGUAUCGUCCGCCGGAACUUUUACUGGGGGAUAGGUGUUACGGACCACCCGUUGAUCUGUGGGGUGCAGGUUGCAUAAUGGCGGAAAUGUGGACGAGGAGUCCGAUAAUGCAGGGAUCAACAGAACAACAACAAUUAACGUUAAUAUCACAGUUGUGCGGAUCGAUCACACCGGAAGUGUGGCCCGGCGUUGAAAAUUUAGAACUUUAUAACAAAAUGGAUUUGCCAAAGGGACAAAAGAGAAAAGUUAAAGAUAGGUUAAAGCCUUACGUUAAAGAAAUGUACGCUUGUGACUUGUUAGAUAAAUUAUUGGUGUUGGAUCCAUCGAAAAGACUCGAUUCGGACUCGGCGCUCAACCAUGAUUUUUUUUGGUCCGAUCCCAUGCCGAGCGAUUUAUCGAAAAUGUUGGCUCAACACACUCAAAGCAUGUUUGAAUAUUUGGCACCUCCUCGUCGGCCGGGACACAUGAGGCCUCAUCAUCAUCAUCAGGCAGCGGGUUCAGCUGCAAAACCGUCAACGUCAAUGGAUAGCGGAUACCAAGAUAGAGUGUUUUAA